CUCUCCUACACUGCAUCUGAUUAUUUUUCUACCAAACUCUCACAUGCAUCCAUUGAAUGCCAUGUGAUGAUAAGGGCCAGAUAUGAAGCAGCAUCCCACAUCGGAAAAAUCAAAUGAAGCAGAUCUCCUCCCUUCGAAAGACUCAUCUUCCCUCUUUUUACCGACUCACCAUAGCUUUAUUCAUCUUGGUAGCCAUUGUCUACUGGCAAGAUCUCAGCUGCAUUUUCAGCCACCCAUCUCAGCACACCCAACAACAACAGCCCAUAUUCAUAAAAGAGAAGGAUAAUGGUGUGGCGACGGGCUUCAGAGAGAGUGAGGGAGGGUGCGAUGUUUUCAAUGGGAAGUGGGUGUGGAACGAGACGGCCCGGCCGCUCUAUGAGGAAGGGGAAUGUCCGUAUAUACAGCCACAGCUGACAUGUCAAGAGCAUGGCCGGCCAGAUAAGGGAUACCAGCAUUGGCGAUGGCAGCCUCAUGGGUGUUCUCUGCCAAGCUUCAAUGCAACUUUCAUGUGGGAAAUGCUGCGAGGGAAGAGGAUGAUGUUCGUUGGGGACUCCUUAAAUCGGGGCCAGUUCGUCUCGAUGGUCUGUCUCCUCCACUCUGUCAUCCCUGAAAGUGCCAAAUCUAUGAACAGUCUUGACUCCCUUGCCAUCUUUAAAGCUGAGGAAUUCAAUGCUUCGAUCGAGUUCUAUUGGGCACCCUUUCUUUUGGAAUCCAACGCCGACAAUGCCGUCAUACAUAGGGUCACAGACAGAAUCAUUCGUGCAGGGUCCAUUAAUAAGCACGGCCGACACUGGAAGGGAGUCGAUAUUCUAGUCUUCAACACCUAUCUAUGGUGGAUGACAGGCGCGAAAAUGAAGAUUCUGCAAGGGACUUUCAAAGAUGAAACAAAGAAUAUUACGGAGAUGGAGACGGAAGAUGCAUAUCGGUUGGCAUUGAAGAAUAUGGUAAAAUGGGUGGCCAAGAAUAUGGAUCCUCACAAAACUAGAGUCUUCUUCACUAGCAUGUCGCCUUCGCAUAAGCAGAGCAAGGAAUGGGGAGGUGACCAAGAUGGGAAUUGUUACAAUCAGACGGCUCCAAUCGAAGAUCCAACAUACUGGGGGAGUGAAUCUAGCAAAAGCAUAAUGCAGGUUAUUAGUGAAGUAUUUAAUAAAGCUAAGGUGCAGAUUACAUUCCUAAACAUCACUCAGCUCUCUGAGUAUCGCAAGGAUGCACACACGUCGAUAUACAAGAAGCAAUGGAGUCCAUUGACACCGGAGCAGUUAGCGAAUCCCAGAAGCUACGCUGACUGUGUGCAUUGGUGUUUGCCUGGCCUUCAAGAUACUUGGAAUGAACUCCUAUAUGCCAAGCUUUUCUUUCCUUAGUAAAUUUCUUCCCAAGGUUCUGUUUUGCCAUUGUAUUUAUGUCCUUAUAACCGAGUUAAUAAAAGAAAGAUUUAGCAA